CCGCUCUCUCGCUCGGUCUCGGGACUCACGGCGGACUCUGGAAGCGAAGAUGCGGACGGUCAGGGCCGCGGGAGUCGGUGUGCUGUGCGCGCUGCUGGUCGCUCUGGUGCCCGGCGGCGCGUCGGAGCUGGUGACGAUGGUGCAGGAGCCGGUGAGGCCCGAGUCUACCCUGCUGAAGCCGAAGGUUAUGAUCGCCAUCGUGGCUCGGAACGCGGCGCACAGCCUGCCACAUUACCUGGGCUGCAUCGAGAGGCUGGAGUACCCGAAGGAGCGCAUAGCGAUCUGGGCAGCGACAGACCACAACGUGGACAACACCACAGCCAUGUUGAGAGAAUGGCUGAAGAGGGCGCAGCGUGUCUACCACUAUGUGGAGUGGAGACCGAUGGAGGAGCCAAGGUCCUACACAGACGAGUGGGGUCCGAAACACUGGCCCCCUUCAAGGUUCAACCAUGUGAUGAAGCUGAGACAGGCGGCGCUGAAGGCUGCCCGGGAGCGAUGGGCUGACUACAUACUGUUUGUAGACAGUGACAACCUGUUGACCAACCCCCACGUGCUCAACCUGCUGAUGGCUGAAAACUUGACCCUGGUGGCUCCCAUGUUAGAGUCUCGCUCGCUCUACUCCAACUUCUGGUGUGGCAUCUCCCCGCAGGGUUACUAUAAGCGGACCCCAGACUACCAGCCGAUCAGGGAGUGGAAGCGUCUCGGCUGCUUCCCCGUUCCCAUGGUGCACAGCACCUUCCUCUUAGACCUGCGUCGUGAGUCCAGCAGGGACCUGGCCUUCUACCCUCCUCACCCGGACUACAGCUGGGCGUUCGAUGACAUCAUGGUGUUUGCUUUCUCGGCACGCCAAGCAGGUGUGCAGAUGUAUGUGUGUAACAGAGAGCACUACGGUUUCCUGCCCGUCCCUCUGAAAGCGCAGCAGAAUGUGGAAGAUGAAAGCGAGAGUUUCAUACACACCAUCACAGAGGCUUUGAUUGACCACGACAUUGAGCCCUCUGAGCACCUGUACUCUCCGCCAUCGCCACAGGACACGAUCGGCUUUGAUGAAAUUUUCCUGAUCAAUCUGAAGCGUCGGCUGGACAGAAGAACCAGGAUGUUGAAAACAAUGGCCUCGCUGGGUUUACACGCCACGCUGACAGACGCGGUGGACGGCAAGGCUCUUAAUACGUCCCAGCUGCAGGCGCUUGGGAUAGAGAUGAUGCCUCGCUACAAGGACCCUUACUCUGGUCGGGUCCUGACGAGAGGGGAGAUUGGUUGCUUCCUCAGCCAUCACUCUAUAUGGAUACAGGUGCUGGAGCGUGGCCUCGAGAGGGUUCUUGUUUUAGAGGACGACGUGAGGUUUGAGCCCAGGUUUAAACGACGGCUGCAGGCCAUAAUGGAAGACACAGACAAAGCCCAGCUGGACUGGGACCUCAUCUACGUGGGGCGUAAGCGCAUGCAGGUGCAGCAGCCGGAGCAGUCCGUAGAUGGCGUAAACAACCUGGUCGAGGCCGACUACUCCUACUGGACGCUCGGCUACGCGCUGUCGCAGCAAGGAGCCAGGAAGUUACUGGCUGCGGAUCCCUUCACGAGGAUGCUGCCCGUCGACGAGUUCCUGCCCGUCAUGUUCAACAAACACCCCAACACCGAGUACAUGUCUCACUUUGAGCCGCGGGACCUGAAGGCCUUCUCCGUGGAGCCGCUGCUCAUCUACCCCACCCAUUACACCGGAGAGCCGGGCUACAUCAGCGACACGGAGACCUCCACCAUCUGGGACGACGAGGCCGUGGCCACAGACUGGGACCGGCAGCACGCCCGCAAGACGGCCCAGCAGGGCAGAAUCCGCCCUGUGGCGCAGAACAGCGUCACCGGAGACUCGCCGCCUCCUGCGGCCCGAGCCUCGAGGGACGAACUCUGAUACAGAGACCUGCGACUCUGAGAGAGAGAGAGACUCACCACGCCGUGUACGCACAGUGGACGUCAGGUGUACACACGCUUGAAAAGACACUUGAACUACGAGCUGACAUACUGUCCGUUCAUUCACACACACAUAUGCAUACACUGGUGUCCAAACGGAUAAAAGCAGGGUUAAGAUGUCAAUCUGCUCGGCUGCCUGAUGAAGGGACACUGAGGAGAGGAAGAAGAGGAGAACCCGGGACGAGGGCCAGCAGGCCUUUGACGAAAGCUUUAUUUAUUCCCCUUGUGCCUCCUCUGUGCGGGCGGAGACAGUGACGGCCUGAGAAAACUUAAGCAACAAAUGGAAGACAGCUAACAUUAUUUGCAGGACGUGAAAGAAAAAAAAAAAACAUCCUCACAAAUCAAUUUUUAUGUUGUUUGAGAGCAUGAUUGUUAUUUAAAAAGAACAGAUGCGUGUUUUUUUUAACAGACAGCUAAAGAAUAAAGGAAUCUUAAAGCUG